AUGCACGGAAAGACUGCUCUUGCUAUCCUCGGCGCGGCGGCCAUUGGCCGCGUGUCUGCCGGCGACGCUCCCGAAACCAGCGGCAACCCUCCCGAUGCCAUCUAUCGGGCCACCAUUGAGAAGCCUGGCUUCGUGGAUGCCGACUUGCCUGGCGAGCUGAAGGGCUCCAUCUUUGCCCAGGCUCCCCCCGGCGGCCGAGGUGUGGUUUUCCGCGCCGAGUUCGAGAACCUGCCUCUAGAGGGCGGUCCAUUCUCGUACCACAUCCACAAGGCGGCUGUCCCCGAGGACGGCAACUGCACUGCCGCCCUCAGUCACCUCGAUCCCUACGGAGCGGGCGCCGAGGUCAAGUGCGACGCGUCCAAGCCCGAGACGUGCGAGGUCGGUGACCUGGCUGGCAAGCACGGCGCCAUCAAGUCGGCCCCCUUCCGCGCCGAGUACCACGACCUCUAUCUCUCUACCAAGGAGGGCGACGAGGCCUACUUUGGCGACCUCUCCUUUGUGCUUCACUAUGCCAACAGCACCCGCCUAGCCUGCGCCAACUUCAAGAGGGAGUCGUGCAGCACGCCUUACCCUACUGGCGGCCACCCCAACUCCACGGUCACCCCCACGCACAGUCUUUCCCACAGCUCAACACUCGAGCCAACUGGCGAGCCUACAGAGGAGCCGACGGGCGAGCCCACCGGUACGCCUGGUCCGGAGCCCACGACUCCCGGCUCGGCUGCUGUCCAGAUGAGCAAGUGGUCGGUGCCUGCGAUGGUCUUCGGUGCUGCGGCUGUUGCGUUUGGGUUAAUGGGACGCAAGUCGACAUACGAUGCAUUCAAUAUACCACUGGCGAAGGCCUACUUAAAUUGCUGCGCUGCCGGAUGGAGUGACAUUGCUGCUGUCUUGAGAACAAGUGCCAUUGAGUGUGGUGAAGGUAGGAUUCCUAGUAAUUCUACUUUCCUACCAGAGCUCAGGAAAGAUGUCACGCAGAUAAUUGUCCCUCACCAGAUCACACUUUCUGUUGAAUAG